UUAAUAUUCAAAUGUUGAUAGUGAGGUGGCUACAAUUGAUCGCUGUGUUAGCAGAGUAUAUCAUAUUUAUAUGUACAUAUAUCUGCAUCAGCACACCAAGGAGACAUCAGAGUGGAGAGAAAAAAAUCACCAGAUAGCAAAGAUGCAGUGGAGUCUGUUUCUGCUCAUUCUGAUGGGUCAGUGGUCCUUCUUCACUUGUCAACUCUAUGAGUAUCACUUUAUUGGAGAGAAUAAAACCUGGGAUGAAGCACAGAAGUAUUGCAGAGAGAACUACACUGACCUGGCCACAGUGACUAACAUGACAGACGUGAGGAGACUCCUUGACGCUACAGGGCAACAAAGAGAAGCCUGGAUUGGGCUGUACAACCAAACAAAUGGCAACAAGACGUGGCACUGGUCUCUGCCAGGAGUAGAGUUCAAUGAUAGUGAGACAGAUUGGGCUGAUGAUCUUCUUAAACAGCCGAAUGAUCAUGCUGGUGUUGAGAACUGUGUGUGCAUCGAUCAUCAGAAGAAAUGGCGAGAUGUCCUUUGUACUGACAAUUAUAAAGUUAUCUGCUACGAUGGUGAGAAUCUGUGUCAUGUGUAA